AUAUCUGGAGUAGCCAUGUUGCACCAUGAUACCUUUAAGAUUUGCCUUCUUAAACUGUAUUUGUUGCAGAAGAAAAUAGACUACUGUGUCGUCUUUUCUCGUCUUGUCCUUGUUCCCCGUUGGUUCUUACCAGAUCAGGGGCGUCUACCUCUCUCUACCUUCUCCCUGUACUACCAACAACUGGUCAUGCUCUCCAGUGGAAAUCCCAUCUAUGAGAAGUACUAUCGGCAGGCUGAUCCAACUGGUAGCGGGCGUGUGGCAGCGGCUGAUGCAGCUCUGUUCCUGAAGAGGUCAGGCUUGGCGGACUUGGUCCUUGGGAAGAUCUGGGAUUUGGCUGACUCUGAACGUAAAGGUUCUCUUAACAAGCAGCAAUUCUUCAUAGCAUUGCGGUUGGUGGCCUGUGCUCAAAAUGGCAUGGACGUGGCGCUCAAGAGCCUUAACGUGGCUGUUCCUCCCCCCAAAUUUCAUGAUACCAGCAGCCCGCUGUUAGCAGGAGGAGUGGCUGUUGACAUACCCUGGGUCGUAAAGCCUGAGGAAAAGAUGAAGUUUGACUCCAUCUUUGACAGUCUGGGUCCAGUAGGAGGGAUUUUAACAGGCGACAAGGUCAAGCCUGUCCUGCUUAACUCCAAACUGCCAGUGGACAUCCUCGGCAGGGUGUGGGAGCUCAGUGACCUCGACAGAGACGGCAUGUUGGACAGAGAUGAAUUUUCUGUGGCCAUGUAUCUGGUGUACCGAGCUCUGGAGGGAGAGCCUGUUCCCAUGUCCCUACCCCCUCCCCUGGUUCCACCCUCCAAGAGGAAAAAACCCUCUGUGCCUCCUGUGAUGCCACUGUUACCCUCACCCCCCUCAGUCAAAGACAGUCGCUCCUCCCACGCUGCCUCUAAGACCUUGCCCCAUCCACCUAAACCUUCCCCAGCUCCUGUCCCAACACCAGCAGCUGCCCCUGUGAGUACCGGACCCAUCUGCCCAUGGGUGGUGUUGUCAGCAGACAAAGCAAAGUACGAUGAGCUGUUCAGCAAGACAGACAGCGACAUGGACGGCCUUGUGUCUGGACCUGAAGUCAGAGAUAUCUUCCUAAAGACUGGGUUGCCCUCUGCCACACUCGCACGUAUCUGGGAGCUUUGUGACAUUGGAGACAUCGGGAAACUGACCCGAGAGCAGUUUGCCCUGGCGCUCCAUCUGAUCAAUCAGAAGCUGACUAAAGGCCUGGACCCUCCGCAGAGUCUCUCCCCAGAGAUGAUCCCUCCAUCUGACAGACAAAACAUCAAACAGAAUAACGUGGUUAACCUGGCAGCUGACUUCUCGGCCAUCAAGGAGCUGGACUCUCUCAGUAAUGAGAUUGUCGAACUACAAAGGGAGAAGAGUUCUGUGGAAGAGGAGAUCAAGGAGAAAGAGGAGGCCAUCAGACAGCGCAGCAACGAAGUGCAGGACUUGCAGGACGAGGUAGCAAGGGAAAAUGAGGAGCUGCAGAGGCUACAGGCUCAGCGUCAGAAGGUCCAGGAGGCCUUGGAGGAGCUGGACCAACAGAAAGGCUCUCUGGAGGAGCAACUGACUCAUAUUCGCCAGCAGACCAGCCAAGAGACCCAGCUGAUUUCAUCUCUACAGUCGGAGCACGAGGAGCAGGAGCAGAGGAUAUGUCAGUAUGAGGAGGAGCUGGUCCAGGCCCGAGAAGAGCUCCUCGCUCUGCAGGAGGAGAGCAGGAGGUUGCAGGAGAAGGUCCAGGCAGCGCAGGAGCAGCUCACACCUCUGCAAGAGUCUGUCCGCGACUCCUUUACGCAAGUUGCACAGGUUCAGCAGAAGCUGAAUGACCUGCAGGUGGAGGAGAGGUCAGUAACUGCCCAGCUGAGCUGGAAGAGAGCCCUGGAGGAUAGCUCUCCUGUCAUGGUCAACGGAUCUGCAGGCCUCAGUGCAGAGCUGUACCAGGCGGACCCUUUCCAGCAGGACCUCUUCCAGGAUGACCAGCCGAAAGAGCUGAAGGAGGAAGAACCAGCUGCUGUCUGCAAUCAGCAGAAAGAACAUUCAGAUCAAAAAGAGAAAGGAGUGAACGAGAGAGAAGAGGAAGAAGAGAAGGAGGACGAGAGUCCAAAGACUCCAGAGGAGGAAAAGAUGAAACCUGAUCCCUUGGAUGAUCUCUAUACUAGUCUAGCCUCCUCUGAGAUGUACAAUAAUGUGUCAUCUCUUGCCAAGCCACAGGAGAACUCUGUUAGGGAACAAAGAAGCCCUACACCUGACAUCUCCUCGGAGGUCACAGAUGAAGCAGAGGAAUCGCCUAAAGUGAGCCCACCAAAGGUUGCAUCGCCAGAACCAGAGAGCAAAGAGGAGCCAGCAGAGUCACCAGAAACCACAACCACCACCUCAUUACCACCUCAAGUCGGCCCUCGCUCCAUGCCGCCUCAGACCAGCCCUCCCUCCCUGCCUGAGAUGGACUUCUUCCAUUCAGACCCCUUUACUGACCACGAUCCGUUCAAAGAUGAUCCGUUUGGAAAAGCAGAUGUUGCAGAUCCCUUCGGAGGAGAUCCCUUCAAAGGCUCUGACCCCUUUGCUGCAGACUCCUUCUUUGCACAGACCUCCAGCAUCCCCUUUUCCUCAGAUGACCCUUUCUCUGCCUCAGCUGACCCAUUUGGUACCACUACUGGCAUGCCAGAACCAGACCUGUUUGCUGCGAAGCUGAACGACGCACCGACUGCACCACCAACUGCACCACCAGCAGCAGCAGCUACAGAUCCAUUCACCUCCAAACCUACCAAUCCAGCUUUAGCAGCCAAGGAUCCAUUCACCUCCACGGGGAACAAUAUGGCCGAUUCGGACCCAUUUGGAGGCAAAAUGAACGCCGCUGGGGAGGCGGAUCCGUUUGGCUCUCAGGACGGAGGGACAGAUCCCUUCAGCUGCUCUCCACCCAACUCGGAUCUGGCCGUGAAGGACACUGCAGCAACCAAUGACCCGUUCGCUCCAGGUGGUACUACAGUCAACGCCAGCUCAGAUCCAGAUCCGUUCGCUGCUGUGUUUGGUAAUGAAUCAUUUGGAGGGGGCUUUGCAGAUUUCAGUGCCUUGACAAAGUCAAACGGUGCUGACCAGUUUGGCAUCAACAAUAAAAACCUGUUCCAGGAAGACAGCCAGUCUGCCGGCCCUGAUGUGCCCCCAGCCCUGCCCCCAAAAACGGGUACACCAACGAGACCACCUCCUCCACCUCCAGGUAAGAGAUCGUCCAUCUCCAGAACAGAGUCCUCUGACUCCUUCCAACGACGAGGGCACUUCCCUACGGGAGACUUCUCCUCAGCCUCCUCCUCUUCCCUGCCUGCCAAGGAUCCUUUAGCCGACCCCUUCGCCCCCUCCUCCCCUCCUCGUCACAACGUACGGGAAGCUGACCGAUUUGCCAGCUUUGACAAACAUUGGGACGUAUCACCUACAAUAUCCAACAGAGGAAGACAUGAUAGAGUGGGCAAAGCGGGAGAGCGAGCGAGAGGAAAAGGAGCGACUUGCCAGGCUCACCCAGCAGGAACAAGAAGACCUGGAGCUGGCCAUCGCACUCAGCAAGUCUGAACUCUCCUGAGGAGCUUGUCCCCCCACCCCCCUUCUCCUCCUCCUCCUCCUCCUCACCCCCUCCUCCUCCACUGGCCCUGCUCGGCACAGCACAGCCCAGCCUGGCCCAGCGCAGAACGCACCAAAGCAAAGUGGGGACUGUAUAGGACUGAUUCAGCAGCACCUGCUGACCCCAUGAAGAGACUUAGAAUAAACCCAUCUCUCUGAAUCUUUCGAUGCCCCCCCUUUACUCCCCAGACUGUGUUCACUCUUCACUGGCAUUGCAGUAUUGUGUUUUUUUUCCAUCCUGUUGGUCUUUGUGGUUUCAUUUUUUGGAGGAGAGGACCAAGAUGGAGUGUACGCUCUACAGAAUGGAUUGUUGAAUGCAAUGCAGUGAAUAUGGAUUUAGAGAUUUCAACACCAGGCUACGAAUGCCACAUUAAUUCUCCAGAAUAUAAUUUAUUUAAACAUGCGCUCAAAACUAGAUUGAAAUGUCAAAAGUCCUGUCUUUUUUUCCACUAACAGUACUCACUACACUUUAUUCAAACUCACUCUAGCAUUUGAAGUUAUAUUGAGAGUGUCAUGUGAUUGAAUUAAUUAAAAAUAGAGAUCCCUAAAAUCCUCCCAGCUGCUUUUUUUUGGAGGCACUGUAACAACAUGAAGCCCUUUUUGAAAAGGAGCGACCCUGUACUUUUCCAGUCCUUUACGAUGGCAGGCGGCCUGUGAGAUUUUUCAACAUUUUUACAUGUUUAACUGGAAGUUAUCAGUCCUCUGAUAUGUGAAAUGCAUGUGCAGAUUUAUACUAAAAUUGAACAAAUCCAUCACAGCUACCACAUUGAGCUUCUAGAUACUUUCAUUUCUUUUAAAUAUGAGUAAUGCAUUGUUUUGUUCAGAGUCUGUUCAGUCUGUGUUGGAAAGUUUUGGGGAGACCCUGAAAGGAAUGAAACUACAUCUAUUUACAUGUAACGAUUACAUACUAAUUAGCAUUAAAUUUCAGGGCACACUACAAGGGAUUGUACAAAACAAGAACACAGCUGCUUUGCCCAAAACAUUGAGUUUCUAAGAUUUAGAUGGCGCAGAAUUCCAAAAUACUUAUUACCUUUUUAAUUAAAAUUAAAUUUUCAUGUUGCCUGAGAUCAAAGAAUGUUUUUGUUUUUUUUGCUGAAAUGUGGCCGGGAAACUAGUGAGUUUGGACAAUUGCAGACAAACACCAGUCCAAGAAUAGAAACUAGGUUGUCAUAGAUGAAUGUAUGAGUGUGGAAAAACAGAUUUAUACCCACGUUUCCUGCUCUGUUUACACAGACAUUAAACAAAUAGUGUUAAUAGUCGUUUGUUGUUAAUCGUUAACCCUGAAUUUAUCUACAUAAAGAACCUCCUCCUCUUCCUCCUCCAUACUGGGAGGUCAGUGUUGGGCACAGAGCCGUCUCCCUUAAUCAGUGUCUUGGUGAAUGACUUCAGUAGCAUGUAUGUUGGUUGUGUAACUGUUUUCAAUGAGAGACGUGUAUUUAAAAAAAAAGAAAAAAACUUCAAAUAGUUGAUAUCCAUUUCACAAAUCUCACACCAGGUCCCAUUUUCUAAGUGUGCCACUGUUGGUGUUUCUUUUUUUGUUGUUUUACAGUUUCAAAGUCUUACACAAAGUCAGUAAAUGUUGAUCAGAGUCAUUUGGAUCAGUUUGUCUUCUUUCUGUCCACUUCAGGCUCUGUUGGGGAUUUAACUUGCAAAAGACCUGCUGGUGUAUUGUGAGGAUAAACCCUCAUGUUGCACUGCGGCCUCAUUCCUGUUAACGCCCACACAGCAGUCGGUUGGCCAGUGAUUCUCCUUGCUGGGCAGUUGUGUGUUUCUCCCAGAAAAUAAGUUACUUAAACACUGAGUGCUGAACUGUGAUAGACAGUUCCUGAACAAGGGAAGGCCUGGUUAAAAGGCAGGAGUGUUUUUAUUUUCUUAGCUCAUUUCUGACCAAACAGUGCACAAAAUUUUGGACACCUCUUCCUGUUUUGACUUUCCCUUCUCGGCCUUGUUUAGAACAAGCAUCGCCAUAGUUUCCUCUUCUCGUGUUUAACCAGUUUACUGUCUGUGGUUGAUGCUUCCUCCUCGGUGCAUCUCUGACGCUGCAGUUUCUUGUAAAUACAAGAGAACAGGAGUCAUCUGUCUGUUCACCUACACCACUGACUUUCUUGUCAUAUUACAGUUCAUGCUUUCAUUCUGUCACAUUUAAAGGCUACCAGACACGUUAUGGUCAUUUGUACAGACUCCUUGAAUUUUACAAAUCAAGAACCACUUAUGUUUUUAGGCUUACCCAUAAAGGCUUUUUAAACCUCAAGCUAAUUGUAUUUUAUUUUGUAUUUUCUAACAUGUAAGAAAUAAAUCCUUACUGGGAGGUUUGGCCAGAAUAUGUAAUGCAUUUAAUUGAAACAGAAUAAAUAUUAAACAUGUGUAGUUUUGCA